CGACCCAAAAACGGCUGAAUCCCUGACCUGAAAUUUCCUCUGACCUGCAUUGUUGGAAGAAAGAACCGCUACCAUCUUGAUUCGACUACGAUGCGGAGAACUCUGUCCUCCAUUGCUGGAAGAGCUUUCGCAACAGUUCAUAGCCCCGACUCUCCACCUGGUCCCAACAGUAAACUAUUCGUUGCAGGUCUGUCAUGGUCGGUGAACGAGAAAUCAUUGCAAGACGCUUUCUCCUCUUUCGGCGAGGUAACAGAAGUGAGGAUUGCGUAUGACAGAGACAGCGGAAGAUCAAGAGGGUUUGGGUUUGUGAGUUUCACUAAAGAAGAUGAGGCCAGCAGUGCCAAGGACGCCAUGGAUGGGAAGGCACUGCUGGGUCGACCAUUGAGAAUAAGCUUUGCUCUUGACAGAGUUCGUGGUGGACCAGUUGUUGUCCCUCGUCUAUCUACUAAUGCAACGCCACAUUACACUCGUUCCUGAUGCUUCUGAAGUAAUCUGACCAUUUUGGAUCAGCUCCAUUGUGUAAACUUGCCCCACUUCAGGUUG